AUGGAGAAGAGGCUGCUGACAUUGGCGGCGGUGCUAUUCGCCCUGGUCGCGGUGGUGCCGGAAGUUUCUGCUACGAGAUGGACUGUUGGAUCCAAAAUGGGGUGGACUACUAAUGUCAACUACACUAUCUGGGCUCAGAAUAUCACGUUCUACAAUGGCGACUGGCUCUUUUUUGUGUACGACAGGAACCAGAUGAACGUGCUGGAGGUGAACAAGACUGACUAUGAGAGCUGCAAUGCCGACCACCCGCUCAAGAACUGGACCAGAGGUGCUGGGAGAGAUGUGGUUCCACUCAACGUGACUCGACACUACUACUUCAUCAGCGGGAAAGGGUUCUGCUACGGAGGCAUGAAGCUUGCCGUUCGUGUCGAGAACCCACCUCCUCCACCAAAGGCUUCGCCCGUCAAGAGUGAUGCUCCUUCCUCAAUUCUCAACCGGCCCUAUGUUCUGCCUGCUGUUUUCGCCAUUGGGGCGAUGUGGGAUGCUUUUGUCCACCUCUGGUAG